UUCACACCCUAUAACACAACAGAAACGACAUUAGAGAGCGAGCGCCCCGAUGACCAGGAAUGGCCUGUACCGAUAGCUGUUUACUCGAGAGUAGUCACCGUGUCUCACCAAUGUGCUGUGUGCUGAGCAAGAGACAAGUCAGAAGAGCUGAAGCGCGGCCUGCUGUUUGCUUCCUCGGGUUUCACCGGAAUAUCCAGGAGCCCCCUGCCCAGGAGACCGCCUCUAACUUCUGCUGGAGCGCCGUGGUCACAGGCUGACCUCAUCUGAUAGUACUUCUCAGAAUGGGAUUAAAUUACGUCGACUUUUACUCCUACUGGAGAAAUUUGACGUCUCCUCUGAACAGUUGGCAUAGAGGCACUGCCUUCCAGUUUGAUAUGAAAGAUCAUCCACAGGCUCCUGUUGUCUUCACUGACCUGGGCACAGACAUGGUCCUAGUCACAAUGGCCGCUAGGAUGGUGCAGUCCAUUAUUUCACUGGGCAGGAACGUCCUGCAGAAGCUAGCUUUAUAUUGGAAGAUGCAUCCUCGUGCCUGUAUGAAACAGGUUUUGCGAGCAGUCGUGAGGGUGUGCUGGAGUGUUGUCUACAUUUUCUUACAAUUGUUGAUGACUACUGUGUAUGUCUACAAGGAUCGGUCAAGGUUUAAGGCCAUGUGUGAUACAGAGCAGCCCAUGAAUAGUGUCACUAUAAAGUGUCACUGGAGAAGUCAGACUGAGCCAGCCAAAAAGAUGAUUGAAGAGUUGUGCAGUAUGAAGAUGGGGACCGUUCAAGAAGUUGCCAAGAUGGAGGUGGAUUGUAAAUGUGAAAAGAUGGAAGCCACAGAGGUUCUUCUGCCAUCUUGUACCAAUCCAGUCAUCCUGUCCAUGAUCUGCAUGCCCUUGGACUCCUCUGAGGAGUCCGAAGUGGACAGUAUUGAAGAGCUGGAAGAAGAUUGUUCCCAAGAAGAGAUGUCUGUGGACAGUGGUAUGCAAGAGUCUUGGACUCCAAAGUCCAAGUCUGGAGAUGAUGAUGAAGAAAGUGAUUGGUCUGAUGAGGACUCCUGGGAUGAAGAGAGUAAUCCAUCAUGCAAUGAAGAUGAAGACUUGUGGGCAUCUUUCUGUCACAGUGAUGAUCCAUACAAUCCUCUUUCUUUUGCUGUGCCUACAAGAAGUCCUGAGAUGCCAAAGAAAGACACCCCCAUCAAAAGUCUGGAAACACCCCAGAUUCGGGGUCAUUUGGACCUGACCAAAACAGUGUGUGUGACUGUUUCUGAGAAGUAUAAGACAAGACUGUGUAAGAAGCCUGUGUUGUCUGGAUACAAGUCUCCUCACAAGUGCACACCGCUAGAGGAGGAGUCACCUGAUGAAAGCGACCAGUGCACUAAGAAAGUGCGCUUCUCACCCAAAAUCACAGUCCACCCUAUCAUCACUUGGAGCUUUGCUCACAGAAUGGCCCGGAAAGGCCCAUGGGAAGAAUAUGCCCGGGAUCGCAGCCGCUUCCAGAGACGGAUUGCUGAGACAGAGGCCGCCAUUAGCUUGUGUCUGGAGCCUCGUCACAGAGAGAAGAUCUGGAGCAGAUUACAAAGCAAACAGAACUGAACUUCUUAUCUCAUGUUCUCUGCCAUCUCUCUUCUGCACUCCUCCCACCACUGGGGGCAUCUGCCCUUAAUUUGCACUGGGUACAGUUGGGAACUUCAUUUCAGUUUACUCGGCAGUGUUAUUCCAUUAGAUAUUUAUUUCACUGACUAUUUGAAGGAUUUUGUUACU